AUGUCGAUAAGGCCAUGCAAGGACAACAUUAAAAAGCGUAUGAACCAUGGAGAGUUCCUGCAGUUCGGGGAGAACGAGGAUUGGGAUUUCCCCGAUUUCAAUCCACAAUACGACGAGCCUGAGAUGGAUCCAGCCCUGGAGUUGAUACAAAAAGAAUACGUCAAACAACUUUACUCGGCGAAACGCCCGUUUACCAACAAGAAGUCUACAAAAGAGCUGUUGCAAAUCUUGACGGCCUUUGUGAUAGCAUUCAUAGUAUUCUAUGGGACAGUGACAUUAUCGUAUGCCAACGUCAUCACCGAUCAACGAUAUAUUGAGCAGAACCUGGAGAAGCGAGAGACGUCAUCAGGGCCGGAGGACUUCAUAUGCAAUGUGGACACAGACUUUGAAUGUGUUUGCAAUCGCUCAUUAGGGAAUUUGGACGACACGUUUAUGCAGUGUAAUUCGCUAAUUGCGGUAUGUUAUUCCGAAGCGGACGUAUAACCAAACAAACAAUUAUCAUUAAAAAGACUAUUCUUUCAGGAAGAGAAAUUGUCCGCAGUGGAAAUGGUGGUAAAAAAUGUGGAUUUGAAGGCCACACUUCACACGAAUGAAACAUAUCAGGACUAUUUUCGACGACGGGUAGCAAAUCUUGUUAGUCAGCAUUGUGAGCAGCAUGCUCAUGAGUGCGCUGGUGCCCAGCUGGGCCUCACACAGGUAACAAAAGACGACGAAUGGCGGCAGGGACCAACCGGAGCGCCAGCUCCUUCCAGCGAUUUCAGCCGCACACCCUCAACCGAUGGAGUGGGCGCUUCGCUUGGGACAAGCCCGCCGUUCAAUCGUUUGAAUGACGAAGAUGCUGAACCUUUUUUGACUCAGGCGAACGUUCUCAUCAUGCACGUGGAAUACCUGCCGAGACGGCGAACGAAAUUGAAGUUUGUGGUUCGAAAAGACCCGGACCUCUUGCCGAAGAUGAUAACAGCCGAUCUAAUUGACACCAGACGGAUUGUAGAUAUACUUAGCAAUCAAGUGGGGCCUCUGUCGCGAGUUCUCGGAGGAAUUCGAAUCGAGACUUUGAGACUUGGUGAGCUGCAGCGGCAAGCCCUACCGGCCGACAACACAAAGCUGCUGAUAAUUGUCGGCUGCGUGCUGCUUAUCAUCUUUAUCAGCUAUAUUGUAGCUGUUGUCAAGUGUAUCAUGUAAGUUCAAUCGGUGGAGCGAGUACCUUCACUUCCAAGCACAUUGUUGUUCCCCACUAUCGUUUGGUUUAUCUGAUUUCCAUGCUUCAAUCUGUUCAAGCUUUCCGCUACGCCUAACAGGCUCAUUAAAAAGUAAUGUGGGCAAAUUUAGAGGUCCCUUGUAGACUCAACAAGCAAUAAUCCGAAAAAACAUGUUCAUAAUCUUAAGGCCGCUUCGUAAUCGUUGGUUGAAAAUGUGCAUUUUCAAUGCAAAUAAAAUUUCCCCUCGGCCCGAAACCGACGGCGCUUGAACGUCUCGGGAAAUGGUAGGGUUGAUAUUAGAAAAGCGAACAUUCCUAUUCCGUGGCCUUCUUGUUUAUGUUUCCUUUUCCGUGACGUCAGAGCACGCGAACAUUCGAUGUGGAGGCUAAAAAUUAACUGUAACCUAGUAGGGUGUAAAUAGUCGGCGCAGUGACACAUUCCUGUUCCUCGACGCAGACAUUCCCUGUGCUAAGGGGAAGCGCACUCCUUACUUCUUUUGGCCGCACGGCACUUACUUACGGACUAAUGAAAAAAAAACUCCCUUCCGCGGGGACAUCGCCGUCCGCGUGUGGACUGAAAUUGAGCUAGCAGAGCGUUAAUUCAUGCCAAUAUCUCUUCUUCUUCGCUUUCAUUUCGCUAAAGAACGACCGUGCGCGCUCCGUGUGCGGACAGCAAAACUUUUCGCCGCUUUUGGCCUGAAGCGGGGAGACAAGAGGGGGAAUUUACAAGAGAGAGAAGAGGAAGGGGCGGAAAAACGUUCGCUGGCCGUGGAAGAGGAAAGGAAGCACGCGUAAAACACAGUGUAUAGAGCCUGGAAGUAGCAAAAGAACGCCCUCUCUGGGCCUUCCAAAGUUAACCGUUUCGAAUUUUCGGAUCAUACCGCGAGCGGCGCACCAAACAAGUGCUAAUGCAAUGGCACAGUGCGUGAGAGCGUAGUGAAAGAGAGAACGAGUCGGAUUAUACGGCGGAACUUUCAUCGUCCGCUUGCUUAGCAUUUGUUAUGGCCAUGUUCUCUUUCCGGCUAAAUCAGUGUGGGGAUUAGAGGUAUCACGGACUCCCUUCCCUCCACUUGCGGACCAUAUGAGGGAAAUUUGAAAUAAGUGUCUGUUUGUGUCUUUCACAUUCUUAAGGGCCCGGUUUUCUUGACAACAAAAUUUUUAUACAUGAAAUUCUCCCUCUUUUGUUCGGAAACAAGCUAAUCAUUAUCAUUACCUUUUGCUGAGAAAUUACCGAUUCCAACGUUUCGUGCUUUUACAGAUUUUUUUAUCGGGUUUGCCAACUGAAAAAUUUUCAUUUGAAGGGGGAGAUUAUGCCAUCGCUUUCUCCAGCAAAGCUUUUGCAACGCUUGCGCAAAAUUCUACAGUUUCGUGUUCGAUUUCACAGGUAAGUUAAAAAUAAUGGGCGAUUACAAACCGUGGAAACGUUACACGUCAACCAUAAGCUUCUUCUCUAUUCAUCGCCAUAUAUUAAUUAAAAAAUAGGGGUUGAUUUCAUCAUGAUAGUGGUUGCGUCGGAAAUUGAGCCUAAGCAGGGGCUUAUUUUAGCACGACUUGCGUCACAGCGGGUCACAUAAAACAAGGCCCCGCGUAGUAUGCUAUCCAGUUUUUUUGUAUACAACUACACUACAGUUUGUCCUAUAAACACAAAGGAAUAAAGAAAAAACGUGCAGCGAGUGACUCUAGCAAUUAGUCUUCUAUUCUCUUUGCACCCCCUUUCUGUGACGAUUCGAAAGUUCGUUGUUUGUGCAAAUGAGAUGUGAACUUGCACUGAUUGCUGUGGAUUCAUUUCGCCUUAUGCACUUAUAAUCGUUUGCUUACAGGGACAGCCGUCGGAAGCGGGCCGAAGCGAAGAAGAACGAGAGUUUGGCCAAGAAGGACCACACAAACUACGGAGCAUGCGCUGACAAAUUGGAUGCGCCUAAUAAUAUCAAUAAAGGAACGCGGUCGUCAACCAGCUCAAAGUCUUCCAUUCUGAACAACAACAACGGAAAAUGUCGGCGUACGUCAAGCGGGAAGGAGGAGAAGAACGGACGACUAACGGCCCGAUCGUCAACAAAGAGGUCGACCGGUGACGAUAAUUCGAUUGGUAUAUGCGAUUUACAAACGUCACAGCCUUCAAGUCCGCCGCCGUCCGCAAACACGGACACUCGAUCGUUCCAGAGGAUGUUUGCGUGUGAUAUGAGUCAGCUACCGGCCGAGUCGUUAGACGAUGGCUACAGUGGCGAGGUCUUCCUUGAGGAAUCAAUAUCGCAAGAAGCCAUUGAGUCACCUAAUGUCUUUUACAAGCAGCAGCAAAACAACAGUCAUAACAACUUCUACGUGGGAAGCACCUGUAAUUCGCAUCAAAGCAGUCACAUAUUCAACAUUGAGGGGGAAACCAACUCGAUUAACCACAACUAUCCGAGCUUCGAGGCUCAGCAGCUCGUUCAGCGGGCGGUCCCCAUUGUUGUUGAGACAAUGGGAUCCGAGCCGAAACUGAAUUAUGAUGAGAACGAUAAUCAUAUUCACGAUCCACCACCUCCGGCGCCCGAAAUGCAGAUUAAGAAUGAGCUGGCUGAAGUGGAGAAUGAAGAACAAUCACCACCGCCUCCGGAGCAUGAGACCGCUGAGCAAAACAAAGGCAUCGAAUACUCCGAGAUCGAACUGCCCGUUCCUGCGUUCGAGGUUUCCAAAACUCCGCGAGGGUCUUUGGAUAAUGACAAAGAGCAAGAGAAAGAAGAGAGAAGCCACGAACCCGUAAAAUUGAGUACCUCUUUGUUGGACGCAAUAACUCAUGACGGACCGUAUGAAAGGCCGUUGUCGCGGCGAGGAAGUCGAGAUUCACCGCAUGAAGACGGUGAGGAGGAGCUGUAUAACGAACGGGGAGCUACUCCACCGCCAAUUGGUGAUCGCGGAGUGCCUUUGAAAAUCCCUCAACUCAGUAUCGACUUUGCGGACGACAUUUUGAGCAAGCCGAAAAGGCGCUAUGCCGAUUGGUCGAGCGAUUCCGAAGACGAAAGUAACGAACCAUAUCAACCGUUGGCCGAAGAGGACGAAUUGGAGCUGGAAGAAACAAUGAGGAAUAACAAAGAAGACGGUCUGAACAUUGACGAAGUCCCGGAGAGACCACUGAGCCGGAAUUGUGCUCCGAGAGAACUCGAGGACAUCGACUACUACUCGAGCUCAUCAGAAUCCGAAAUUGAGGACGUCCAAGAGGAAGAUCAAGAGAACACGGACCGACCUUAUGAGAGGCUGAGUGAAGUUACAACUCCCAAUAAUAUCGGAACUCCUCAGAUCACGCUGAAUCACAAUGUAAAAUACAGCACUCUAUAUUGCUACAACAUUGAUCCCGAUCUACUGGCGGCAGCGGAGAAGACAGCUGCCGCUACAAUAGCCCUUAUGAGUCAACAUCUCCAACUGAGUCCCGAUGAAGACGAUCUACGAUAG